GGCCGGGACUCUUUCUUGAUGUCCCAUUAGAUAUUUCUGGCCGGCAUCAAAACAAAACCGAAAUAGCCCGCUGAAGGAGUUGACAAACAGGUCCGACUUGAAUGUUGAUGUGGGAAUCGAGGGAGUGGACCUUCGUCUGUGUGUAGCUGCUUUGAAGCUUCUGAUCCCGAGCACGGUUCGCCAAAGAGUCCUGUGGUUGGAGUCCGAAUACCUGUUGAAUAUCCAGCUCGGAACCACCUUCACCUUGGUCCACUUUCUGUACAAAUAAAACCUGAUGGCUCAUGGCGGGGUGGUCCUGGACAGAGACCAGUUCAGCUGCUCGGUGUGCCUGGAUGUCCUGAAGGAGCCGGUGACCAUUCCAUGCGGCCAUAGUUACUGCUCCGACUGCAUCCGCCGCUGCUGGGACCGACAAAACAACUCGGGGGUCUUCAAGUGCCCUCAAUGUCGACAGGCUUUCAGCCCCAGGCCGGAGCUCUGUCGAAACACCUUACUGGCUGACUUGUUGGAAACACUUAUGCAAAGUGGACCACAGAAGGCAGGCCAAAGUCCGGCAAAGAGGGAGUACAAGGAGGUCAGUCAGGCCAUGCGACAAGUAUUUAAUAAAUUAGACCCGGAUGACCGGAAAUGUAUUCAGGAUGAGUUGGAUUCCAAGGAUGAAAAAACAAUGGUCUACAGAAGGUCUUUUCUCAGAAUGGAGAAGAAGCAACUUGAGGAGCAGAAGAAGCAGAUUGAGAAGACGCUGGUUGAAGACCAGAACAUGUUGGAACAGACCAAGGAGGAGGCAAGGGAGAUGGUGGAAAAGUCAAGGGAAGCGUUGAACAGGAUUAGGAGUUUGGAGGAGGAAUUCAUUGGUUGGAGGCAGGAUGAAGUGGACGAGAACCAGAAGAAGCUUGACAAGAUCAUGAAGACGUUGAAAGACAACGACCAGGAGUAUGAAGAGCUGAUGCAAGAACACCUUGAGGAUAUCCAUGCAUGGGUUGGGAAUGUCGCUCAAAGGUGUUUCUACUAGUCUGCCGAGGGAAACGCUCAGAGGGACCAGUCUCCGAGGGACCAGGAUGAGCAGGUCCCAGAAAAGAAAGACUAAGGACACUUCAUAAAGUCGCAGGUUUAGCAGACAUCUCUCCAGUCUGUUCACGAAGUCAUAAAGAUCAUUUAUUCUUUCUCAGUCCACACAUUAGAAUUUGUUACCGUCUCCUAUUUAGAUCCUAGACCUACACGGGAAAAACUGUAGCGUUGAAUCAGCUCCCACAGAGUUCACGCUGACGCCUUUUAAGGGUUUAUAUAGUUUCACUCUCUCCAAGGUUUCUUCUUUGUUUUGUUCCAUGCAGUCUGUUGAAUAAACAAAAACGAGGCUAUGA